UUAAAAUUAAUAUAAAGCGAGUAUUCACGUGAGAAAUCCUCCUAACUCCGGUCCUGCAUAUAUAUAUGUAACCUGUCAAAUCUGACCCAUGUAAAUCACCAAAUUUCCCAAAAGAAAAUCACCCAUCUUCCUUCCAUUGAACAACAACAGCUGAAGAACACGACAGCGGCAUGGAGUCCCCCGAAGCCUCCCAGUCCAAUGACUUAAAUACGGAGAAGGAGUCUCAAGACGACACUGUAGAAAAAGAACCCGUGAAAAAACAGCCUGCAAUUGAAAAUGGGGACGAAGACGAUGAGCCGGACGAAUCGUUAUCGGAACGCCUCUGGGGCCUAACGGAAAUGUUCCCGGAGCCCCUCAGAAAUUUCACUUAUAACUCGAUGGUAAACACAAAAUUGGGACUGUGCAAGGCGUACAGCGUGUCCAGGAGCGCCGCCUGGAUCAUUUUCAGUUCCUCCAUCAUCCUUUUUGCCCCCGUGAUCUUUGAGGUGGAGAGGGCGAACAUGGAGGAGGCCCAACGAAAUCAACAGAAACAAAUGUUAUUGGGACCAAACAGCGCGAUAUCGGGGGGUGUGCCCCCACCGAUUAUGCCGGUCCAGCAACGAUAGGUGCCACCCUAGGGCCUCCCCAAGUUUAGCUUUAGCGAUUACGAGUUGUAAAUUAUGUGUUACUAUCGGAUUUACGCGUUUGUAAUAAGAAUUUUGGCAUUUUUCGACUGAGGUUUCGAAAUGCUGCAUUUCACACGGUAUUUGGUAUUCACACGCAAAUAUCUCCGUUUUCAUUUUUGUGUAUAUUGUUGGAAGAAUAUAUUGUAGAUUUUCAGUUUAGUAGUACACAA